AGAACGAGAGGCGGGAGCUAAGCACGCAUUUCUUGCAUUUUCUACUCUGCAGCCACAACAGUGGCCUCACUCAGUCCCUGGUGGCUUUCUGUUGUCUCAACCUCAUUGGCUGGGCUUAAGGGAGUGGAAAGAAAAUAAGGUGCUGUGUGGAUUGUCUAUCCCAAGCUGGAGUGUGGCUCAGGCACCAUUUAGUCUGUCCCUUAGCCAGACAAAGGUGGUUUAAAUUUAUCUGUUACGCAUUUUUGUUUGUUUUCUGUAGCACUGAGCUGUCUGCAAGUGCCAUGGCACUGUUACAGCCUUUUAGGAACUAUUUGCCUUACAAGCAGCUGAAAAGGACAUGAAGCUGUUGAGUCACUUGAGUCCAAUCCCAAGUAGUGCCAUAGGAGCUUGGGAAUGGCUUUGGGUUUGUGCAGAAAUAAAUGACAGGAUAGCGUCAUUCCAAAUAACCUCCUAGCAGCCAUCUUAGGCAGCUGAACUUCUGUUCACUGUUGCUUAAGACAAAACUGAUUUCAUGUGACUAUUAGAGAAGGAAAAUUAUAAGGACAGAGUCAUGCAGGAAGCUCAUUAAAAUGUAAACACUGAAAUAACCGGGUGAUUGGGCAUUGAUGUUAUGAGCUGCUUUGUAUUAAAAGUAACGUGUCUGCAGGAUGAUGCACCAACAUCUGUUAUUGCUGAAACAAAAUGAUUUGCUUUCUCUUUCUGCAUUCUUCCAACAUCUGCAUGUGGAGAUCUCCUGUAUAUUAAUAAUUUCUAGCACUGAUUGCUCAUUUGCAGGAAAAAUGCAUCUAAGGGUCUCUUGCUUGCUGUUGGACUUCGACAGACCUAAUCCGUGAAGAUAAUUAAAGUUCCUUUGCUUUGAAUGCUCUAAAAAACGUGACAAUGGCUCCGCUGCCCAAUGCUGAAUUAGUUCAGAACUCUUUGCAAUUAUAUCGCUACCUGCUUCGAUGCUGUAAGCAACUUCCCGAAGAGAAUAUUCGUCAGCAUUACAGACAUGCAAUCAGGCAGAGUUUCAAAGUUCAUGCAGAUGAAGACAAUCCUGAGAGGAUACAGCAAAUUAUUAAGAGAGCCAUCGAAGAUGCUGACUGGGUCAUGAAUAAAUAUAAAAAACAGAAGUAGAAGAAGGAUGAAGACAAGAAUGUCAUUGGUGCCUGCCCCUUGUGACCCUAGGCUCUAAAAUCCCAUGAAAACAGAUGCCAUUCAGAUGGGUUCUAUGUGCUCCAUGCAUGGUAUGAUCACUGAAAUGUGUAAUCUUGUGCAGAUAUAAAGGCUUUCACAGCUUUUUGCAAUGUAUAAUAAAUGAUACUUAAAAACGUGA